AUCUGGUGGCCAAAAACAGGAAAACAUCACAAGGAAAACUCUUGGCCGUUUGUUUUGUUGUGCAGCGAAAAUUCCAUCACACCAAUUUGAAAAUCAAGUUCUUGUUCUUAUUAACGUCACCGUGCAGAACAACCAGUCACCAUGAACCCGGACCGGAUUUUAGCGACUUUUAAAAUUUUAAUCAUAGGCGAAAGUGGAGUAGGAAAAUCCAGUUUGAUGCUGCGAUUCACAGAGAACGACUUCGACAGCGAUCAAGCGCUCACGAUCGGGGUGGACUUUAAGACAAAAACGCUCGACAUCGACGGCGUGAAGGUGAAGCUGGCCAUCUGGGAUACGGCCGGCCAGGAACGGUUCCGGACGCUCACGCCCAGCUACUACCGGGACGCGCAAGGUGCGAUACUGGUGUAUGACGUCACGAAAAAGGACACAUUCCAGAAGCUCGAAUCGUGGCUGAACGAGCUAGAGAUCUACGGCACGCGCAACAACAUGGCCAAAAUGGUCGUCGGCAACAAGAUCGACCAGCCGGACCGGACCAUCACGAGGGACGAGGGUUUCCGGUUUGCCAAAAAGCACCGCAUGAUGUUCAUCGAAACGUCCGCGAAAACCAGCGAGGGGGUUAAGGAUGCAUUUGAGGAAGUAGUUCGGAAGAUAAUGGAAACGGACGGUCUCUGGGAGCGGAACGAUUACGGCGAUGGAGUUGAUCUACACGGAAACCGUACCCACCCGGCCGCUGGUGGCUGCUCCUGUUAACUCCUGCAUCGAUCUGCAAUCAUCUGGUGAUACGCAAAAUGGGCACACUUCCGGAACCGUAUGGAACGGCCAAUGCUUUUGGUGUGCUACUCGUGCCGUGCAGCUACUGCCUCCGCUAGGCUAGCCGCAUAGGAUGGGAUAAUGUGUUUUAUGUUUGUUUUAGAUAAAAUUUCACUAAACUAAAAACCUGUACACAAUAUAGGAUCUAGCAAUAAGGUCCCCGCUCGGUGGGUUUCAAUAAAUUAUAAACUUGU